UUCAGAAGACCAAUCUUCAGCAUGGACAUCAGAGAGCAAGCCUUGGAGGGUGUUCAAAAUGAGUCUGUAGGAACCCUAUCCCAGGUUAUCGAGGAGCAAACAACAUGGGAUGAGAUGUACGAUGAUUUUCUGGCAGAUCUAUGCAAUGAUAAUGAUAUUUUGCCACUAACAGAUGAGACUUUCGAAACCCUUUUUCAAAUAGAUGAGCCGAUUCUUUUAGACUAUUUUUCUUCGGAAGCCCUGAAAGAAGUGGAAGAAGGAGAAUCAAGACAAGUGGCUAUAGAUACUCCAGCACAUAAUGUUUCAAAAGCCACAUCUUCAAUGAUUCAAUUGACCCCAAAUUCAUCUGAGAGAGCUAACAUUUCAAUUUCACCAGGGAUAGUAGUUGUAUCUGAUACAUCCACUCCCACAGGAGAAGGACCUUCAAAAGUGCUAGCACAGGAACUAGGAGGCAACAUGGGUGUAGCCAACCCUAUUAUCAACUCCAGAAACUGUUCAAAUUCAACUCUGUUAUUGCCUCAAAACAAUCCAAACUUCUGGGUUGCGAAAUCAGAUUCAUGGAAUCAUCCAAGUGCAAGACUCGGAACAAUGGAUCCUCCAGGAUUUAAUGCUUCAUUUCGUAAUCCCAUGUUCCCUAAUGUAACAGGAAGCUCAAUCACUCGAUUUCCAUCACCAAGAUUCCCUGUGCUUCCUUAUGGUGGUAGCAGCAGCAAUAUUCACCAACAACAUCCAAGGUCCCUUCCGUUACAAACGAAUGGGAUGAAUGCACCAGGUGCUUCUGCAAUGGUUCAUCGAUUUAACAACCAUGGAAUUUUCUGCCCUCGCCCACCAUCUCUCAGCGAUUUUGAUACCAUGGUUUCUGCAUGGAAGGGAUGUUUGGUUGGAAAAGUUUACUCGUAUCGCGAAUGCCUUAAUGCUGCAAAGGCAGUGAGGAAACCAACAUCUCCUGUCACGCUUGCUGAUGAUUGGUCGAGUAGGCUUCAGAUCGUGCACUUCUUACCCACAAGGAUGGUCAACUAUACAAUGAAGGCAUGUGGUGGACCUAUUGAUUAUGUGCUCUUUCACAUAACUAAAUUCAACAAUCUUGACCUGUACGAACAUAUGAAGAGUGAAAAAUUGUGUGCAAAAAUUGAUCUGUAUUCACAGACGAUAAUCUUAUCUACAACCGAAAGCAAAUAUCACUUCUUAGGAACAGUUUUUCCAGGGGAUACAAGGUUUGUCAUACCUUACUGAUAUGCAUUUUGGCUUCCAAAAGUGAAAGAGACCACAAGCCAUGAACUGAAGGUUGAAAGAGCUAAGAGAAAGAGACUGAUCAUCAGAUCAUGCUGCAACAACAAUCUAUAUCAGAAAACUAAUACAAUAAUUAUCAAUUCUAGUAUAUUUGAAAUAUAGUAAAUGAAUGUAAUUGAUUAAUAA